AUGUCCUCAGCUCACUUCAACCGCGGCCCCGCCUACGGGCUGUCAGCCGAGGUCAAGAACAAGCUGGCCCAGAAGUACGACCACCAGCGGGAGCAUGAGCUGCGCGAGUGGAUCGAGGGGGUGACCGGACGUCGCAUCGGUAACAACUUCAUGGACGGCCUCAAAGAUGGCAUCAUUCUUUGCGAGUUCAUCAAUAAGCUGCAGCCGGGCUCUGUGAAGAAGGUAAACGAAUCAACUCAAAACUGGCACCAGCUGGAGAACAUUGGCAACUUCAUCAAGGCCAUCACCAAAUACGGGGUGAAGCCCCAUGACAUCUUUGAGGCCAAUGACCUGUUCGAGAACACCAACCAUACCCAAGUGCAGUCCACGCUCCUGGCCCUGGCCAGCAUGGCCAAGACGAAAGGCAACAAGGUGAACGUGGGAGUGAAGUAUGCAGAGAAGCAGGAGCGGAAAUUUGAGCCGGAGAAGCUCAGGGAGGGGCGGAACAUCAUCGGCCUGCAGAUGGGCACCAACAAGUUUGCGAGCCAGCAGGGCAUGACCGCCUACGGCACUCGGCGUCACCUCUACAACCCCAAGCUGGGCACGGACCAACCCCUGGACCAGGCCACCAUCAGCCUGCAGAUGGGCACCAACAAGGGAGCCAGCCAGGCUGGCAUGACGGCGCCUGGGACCAAGCGGCAGAUCUUUGAGCCGGGCCUGGGCAUGGAGCACUGCGACACGCUCAAUGUCAGCCUACAGAUGGGCAGCAACAAGGGGGCCUCGCAGAGGGGCAUGACGGUGUACGGCCUGCCUCGCCAGGUCUACGACCCCAAGUACUGCCUGACGCCCGACUACCCGGAGCUGGGCGAGCCCAACCACAACCCCCACCCGCACAACUACUACAACUCGGCCUAGGGCUGCAGGCCGCCUGCUGUUCUCAGCCGGCCCAGCCGACCCUCGCCCCCUGCAUGGCGCCCUCCAGCCCCCUGGCACCUGCCUGCAGGGUGAGAGUUUGGGGAGAGCAGCCUGGGGGGCCUGUGGGGAGGAAGGAGCCC